AUGUCUGAGCCCACUUUGGAUGAUAUUUUGUUCUCAGACAUUGUUAAGAAAUCUACAAAUGUUUGCUUUCUUAGGUGUGUAAACGACCCUUCGCCAAAUUUAACGGGCAAGCAGAAAUCGUGCAUCAAGAAUUGUGUUUUAAGAUUUAUGGAGUGUAGAGAGGCGACUUUACAAUCGCUAAAAGAGCUUUCACAAAGAUAA